AGCAGACCCUCUUGGUGCUGGCUGCAGGCGGAGGAGCAUGCCAUGAGUGCUCCAGCAGCAGCAAGAGCAGCAGCAGCAGCAGCAGCAGGAGUCUCCCUUGGCCCCACUGCUGCCUCUGCCUCUGCCGCCCCCCUGGCGCCAUGCCUGGGCUGUGCUGCUGCCUGUGCCUGGUGGCGGUGGCUGCAGUGGGGCUGUCUGGGGCCAACCGGAAUUGCCCGGAGCUGCUGGUGGACAGCUGCCUCUGCACAGCCGAGCGCUCCUCUUCCUCUUCCUCUUCCUCCAAGGGACCUGGCCGGCAGACCAUCCGCAUCAAAGUUGUCUGCACCGGAGGGGACUUGGUGGAAACUUUGCAGCCCUCCUCGCUCCCCAACCGCACCGUCUCCCUAAUUCUGAGUAAUAACAAGAUCUUGUGGUUAAAGAACAACUCUUUCAUUGGACUUAGAUCCCUAGAGAGACUAGAUCUGAAGAAUAACUUGAUUAGUACUAUUGAGCCUGGGGCCUUCUUUGGACUUUCAGAACUGAAGCGUCUGGAUCUUUCCAAUAAUAGAAUUGGAUGUUUAACACCUGAAAUAUUUGUAGGCCUUAAAAACCUUCAUAAAUUGAAUUUAUCAGGGAACAUUUUUUCAAGUCUCAUGAAUGGACUUUUCUCUGAGCUGUUAGCUCUCAAAGCCUUACAUUUCUCUACUGAUUCUCUCAUCUGUGACUGUAAUCUCAAAUGGCUGUUAUACUGGGCUAGAAAUGCCUCAGUGCGGAUAUCAGAAGAAACUGUUUGCGCUUUCCCAAGGAGUUUACAGGGAACACCAAUUCGGAAUCUGAAAGAAAACCAGCUAAUAUGUGCUGGACCUCUGGAGCUUCCUCUUUUUGAAUUGAUACCAUCGCAGAGACAGGUGGUUUUUCAGGGUGACCGCUUGCCAUUUCAAUGUACAGCAACAUACCUCGAUAACACCACAGACGUGCACUGGUACCAUGAUGGCCGCCUAAUUGAAACAGAUGAUGAAAGAAGCAUGUUUAUGGAGGACAGCAUAAUUCAUGACUGCUGUUUAAUUACACGUGAACUUAUCUUGUCCAGCAUUGAUCUUGAUGCAACAGGAAUAUGGGAAUGCAUGGUCAACAACUCCUAUGGAAACAUCUCUAAGCAAGUGGAAAUAGUUGUAUUAGAAAUAGCUGCACCUUAUUGUCCUGCUGAAAGAAUAAUUAACAAUAAAGGAGAUUUCAGAUGGCCUAAAACUCUGGCUGGUGUAACAGUUUACCACCCAUGUCUUCAAUAUUCAUUGAGUUCAGCUUCUGUUCUGAGUGGAGCUGAAGAAUUAAAAGCAUGGCGUAAGUGUAACCGCACAGGUCGGUGGGCUGAAGAAAGCUAUUCUGAAUGUCCUUACUCACAAGAAGCAACUCAAGUCCUCCAUGCCUUUAGUCAGAUGCAUCUUAAUGCCUCCAAUGCACUUGAAUUUUCCCAUCAGCUUGCAACCUACACAAGAGAUGCUGCCAACUUUGCAGAUAAGUUGGACAUUAUCUAUUUGGCUUACAUGCUGGAAAAGUUAAUCACAUACAUGGAUGAAAUCAAAGAUCUUGCUGAUGCUGUUGUUGAGAUUGCCAGCAAUAUAAUGCUAGUAAAUGACCACAUAUUGUGGAUGGCACAAAAGGAAGAUAAAGCUUGUACUAAGAUUGUACAGUGUGUGGAGAGCAUUGCAAAUCAAACUCUGACCAGCAACACACAGGCCAUAUCAAAGGUUUCCCUUAAUAUUGCUCUGGAGGCCUUUAUGAUCAAGCCAUCUAACUUCAUGGGGAUGACUUGCACUGCCUUCCAGAAAAUAUCUCCAAAUCCAGACAGGUCACUGAGCCGUGACACAGGGAGCAGGGAAAGAGACCAACAUUUGAAUUUUAAGUGCAACGCUGGCAGUCACAGUGCCUCUUUGAUGAAUUUCUCUUCAAUGCUAGUAAGAGGAAUUUUCUCAGAAAAUUGGAUGUGUGCCCCUCUGAAUCACAGCCAAGUUCUGGAUCGGAAGGUUGAGAGAGUCUGGGAGCCAGGUUCCAAGCAAGGAGAAAGACCAUCAGAUGACGAGAUCGCUGUGGCAGUAGCUUCAGUUCAUUUGCCACGGUCUGUCUUCUCUUCAUCUUCACCCUUGCAAUCUGUUGAUAACUCCUCUUGCAAGCUCCAGUUUAUUGCCUUUCGGAAUGGAAAACUCUUCCCGAGCACUGCAAACUCAUCUAACCUUGCAGAUUACGGGAAGCCCAGGACCAUUGGCACACCAGUUGUCUUCAUUAAAAUAGAUGGGUGCAGUACUGGAAAACUCACUAGUCCUCUUACUAUAGCCUUGAAGCACUUUACACAGGGUAUAAACCCCAUUGCAGUGUUUUGGGAUUUUGACCUUCUAUAUGGACAUGGAGGCUGGUGGGGAGAAGGGUGCCACAUAAUUAGCACUGCAGACAAUAUUACAACCCUUCAUAGUACUCACUUCGGUAACUUUGCAGUGCUAAUGGAUCAGAAGACAGUGUGGCCCCUCUCCCAGUACCCUGGGGAGUUCCUCCACCCCGUGGUCUACGCAUGUACGGCUGUCAUGCUGUUGUGCCUCUUUGCUUCAAUUAUCACCUAUAUAGUGCAUCAUAGCACAAUUCGAAUCAGCAGGAAGGGCUGGCACAUGCUUCUGAACUUCUGUUUCCAUACGGCUCUCACUUUUGCUGUUUUUGCUGGUGGAAUAAAUCGUGUAAAAUAUCCAAUUAUCUGUCAAGCGGUUGGCAUAGUGCUCCAUUAUUCUACACUCUCUACAAUGCUGUGGAUUGGAGUGACUGCAAGGAAUAUUUAUAAGCAAGUUACAAAAAAGCCUCAGACCUCCCAAAAUAGUGACCAGCCUUCUUAUCCAAAACAGCCAUUGCUCAGGUUUUAUCUGAUUAGUGGAGGAGUUCCUUUUAUUAUCUGUGGAAUUACAGCAGCAACCAACAUAAAUAAUUAUGGGAUAAAAAGCUACGCAGGAGCCCAAUUCUGCUGGAUGGCAUGGGAACCAAGCCUUGGUGGGUUCUAUGGUCCAGUUGCAUUUAUUAUCCUGGUCACCUGCAUUUAUUUUCUCUGCACAUAUGUGCAAUUGAGGCGCCACCCAGAACGCAAGUAUGAAUUGAAGGAAAGGACAGAAGAUCAGCAGAGGCUGGCAAGCCCUGAAGUUGGUCAUAGCCACAUCACGGACACAGGAUCUGUCUCCCAGGCUACUUGCUCAAUGAUCUCUUCUUCCUUGCUGGAAAAUGAGCACUCCUUUAAGGCUCAGCUUCGAGCUGCUGCAUUCACUUUGUUCUUGUUUAUUGCCACUUGGACCUUUGGUGCCCUUGCUGUUUCCCAAGGACAUUUCUUGGAUAUGAUCUUUAGCUGCCUAUAUGGAGCAUUUUGUGUAACCUUGGGGCUCUUCAUCCUCAUCCAUCACUGUGCAAAACGAGAUGAUGUGUGGCAUUGCUGGUGGUCUUGUUGCCCAUCUAAAAGAAACACAUAUUCUGUGCAAGUUAAUGUCCGGCCAAAGGUUAAUGUCAAUGGGGAGAGCCAGGUCCAUGCUCCCUGUCUUCAGGAUUCACCAUGUCCUAGUAAAUCUGCCGUUUUUAAUCACCCAGCUGCUAGUCACUGCAAACUUACCAAUCUGCAAGCUGUUCAAAAUCAUGUCAACUGCCUUUCGCCAGUCACGCCCUGUUGUGCAAAAAUGCACUGCGAUCAACUCCUGGAAGAUGAAGCUCACAUCCAUGUACACAACGAGGGGACUUUCAGACCCAACAUGCACAUCCACCGAUGUCUGAAAAGCAGAACUAAGCCACGCUAUUUCAGCCGACAUCGGUCUGCAGGAGAAAGAGAGUAUGCAUACCAUAUUCCUUCCAGCAUUGAUGGCAGCAUCCACAGCUCCCACACAGACAGUCCGCACAGUACACAUGAUAGUCAGUCAGGCCACAGGCGGCCAUGCUGUGCAAAAAAUGAUCCAUAUCCUACCCUCAGCCAGCCUGAAAGUAGCGAUGCAAGUACUGUGAUCUACAGUUGUGCAAAAAUGCCAGAAACUGAGACAAUUGUGCACCAUGCAGCUCAUUUUGAGAUGCAUCCACGGACACAGUCCUUGCCAUUUAGUACAGCCAGCCACAAUGGGAUUUUAAAGGGGAAUCUGCAUGAAGCCAUGGUCUACAGCUCAGACAGUACAGGAAAUAUCAAAACUGGCCCUUGGAAGAACGAAACUACUGUGUAACUGAUGUGCUGUGCUGCUCCUUUUGCACCUCAGACCAUCUCAGACUGCAAGCAUAUAUACUCUUACCUGGGAGGAAGCCUAGGUGAAUUCAAUGGGGUUUACUUGUGAGUAGGCACGCAUAGGAUUGCACACUGUUGAUCUUUGUUUUUCUUCUAAACUGAGUAAGAUUCUACAUGUUUGUGUAGUAGUACAUCAGUAAAUUGGACAGGUUUUCAAGUGAUUGCUUUCCUAAUUAGAGGCUUUAAAAAGCAGUGGCAGCCUCAAAAUCAUUUUUAAAGAAACGAUGGGACAUGUUUGGCGAUGGAAAUUUCAAAGCAAACCUAGGGAGCAGAAUAUGAGACAAUAUGAUUUUGUUACAACACAUUUUAUUGAUGCCCUUUCAAUUUUUAUUUUUUAAUCUGCAUCACCAUCAGGCAUUAUACACGUAUCAGCAUCACAGCCUUCUUGGCUUAAUUUUUUAAAAGAAAAAAAUGUUGUUCUAAAAUUGAUUUCUAAAAUUCCAGUAGCAGAAAAAGGAGGAUUUCAUAAUCUAAUACAGCUGCUUAGACCUACAAAAGUGAUAUUGCCUCUAAAAACCUUUUGUACCAUACGGCCUGUGAAAUCAUAUAGUGUACAGUUUCAGUUACAUCUCAUCUGUUGGAGGGACAUAGCAAAUAAUGUCCCUUGUUAACAUCUGUGGUGCUGUAUUGGUUGUAUUUCUUUUUUUAUUAGUAUUAUUAUGAUUUUUUGUUUGCAUGACACAUGUCAGAAUAAUACCAUUUACUGUUUUCCAGUGAUAACAUGUGUAAAAUGGGGGGAACCCUAUUAUAAAAGCCUGUGACUGGCCAUGCUGGUAUUAAUCUAAAGCAUUUCAGACUUAGGAAAAAGGAGGGGGGAAGCACUACUGCACUAGUUUAAGUGGCACAAUCCUUUGUAUAAGGUUAUAUGAUAGCUUUAAUAAGGGUCCACUCUAAUGUCUAUAGAGCAUGCACUGUUCAUUGUAUGUGGCAUUGUGCAGUAUAAUAGCAGCUGUCUUCAUGAGUCUCACUCUUCUUUAAGUAUGCCUUUUGAAACCAGUCUGCAAGCUCUCCUACCACUGUCUUCUAAAACAGAAAGAAGCACAGUUUUAUCUUUGAGGACUGCAGUCAACUUAGUCAUUUACUUAACAAAUUAGGUAGGGUACUGUCCAACAACCGAAGUGAAGAAUUGGAGGAUCCAUAGACUUUAAUGGAAAAGAAAUAAUCUGUGUACCUGCAUAAGUCUUCCCUGCUGAAUAGCACUGGAACUCAAAAGCACCUAACUCUGCUUACUCUGGUUUAGAGAUGGAGGAAGACUGGUACAUGCAAUUUUCUGUGAUGAUAACAACAAUGUAGUCCAUUUGUAGUCAGCUAAUGAAAUGCUACACCACUUUAAGCCUGCAAUUCUGAAUGCCCUUUCUAGGGAGUAAGACCCAAUGGGCUUUUCUUCCAAGUAAACAUGCAUAUGGUUGCACCGUAAAGAAAUAUAAUUUUUAAAAGAUUUAUAUAUAUUUAUUUAUUUAAUCCAGAUUUUCAGUGAAUUCCCCUUCUCUCCCAUGCCUUUCAGUCAUCUGCCAAAACAAAUGUGGGGUUGUCUUUGUACUUCUAUGAAAGUCUGACCUUCAAGCAGAAUUUUUAAUUCAUUUAUUCUACUCAAUGCAAGGAUAUUUUAGGGUCAGCAAAGUUCUCUAUUCAUGAGGCUUUGGGCAAAGAGAUUUUUUAAAAUAGAUAUCCAUGAACAUCUAGACACAAAACACCAACUCACAGUAAAAAGUAGAAUGGUAAUUACUCUUAUUUUUUAAAUAAGUAAAAGGGUAAAAAGAGUCUUGACUAUAAAAUAGUUGACAUAAUGUGAAUGGGACAAUAAAAGAAACCCAAAAAUGUGGUGUCAAUGAAAAUAAAGAACAGUAUUUCAAGUUUUUUUUAAAAAAACAGAAAGAGCAAGCACAAAGUUACAUGACCAUUAAGAACAAAUGUAUAGACAUAUCACACAAGCUCAAGCAGAGACCUCGUACAUUGCUUACAAUUUGGCCAGAUCUUCCUAACCAGGUACCAUCCAGAUGUGUCUGAUUACAACUCCUUUCACCCCUCAGCCAGCAGCUGGGACAGUGUACAUUAGAGUAUACUGUACCAGAUACAUCUGGAAUCCACCAUGUUAUGGGAAGUUUAGGCAAUUCCCUGGAGAGGGGUAUUCUUUUUUAGAGAAUUAUUUUUGUCAAGGUCUAUAGAGUUCAAGUCACUGUGUGCUCCUCAAUCAGCAUGUUAUGAAUCCCUCCAUUUUAGGAUACAUAAGAAUCUAUUUCCUUACAGUGUACAUAACAAAUGAUUAUUAUAAUUUUUGGAAUGUUAUUUAAAAAGUGUGUCAGAUGAAUGUGUUCUGCAGCAUUUGCAGGUGGGAAUUAGUACUGAAAGGGUUAAUGCUCAGUAUCUGAGUGCAAGGAAUUUCCUUUGUUUUUCUGUAUUUUUAUAAAGUUCAAAUAUAUAUAUUGUAAAUUACUGCAAAUAAUGUAUACAUUGUGUGUGUGCGUGCGUGUAUGUUAUGUGUGUUUUUCAAAGGUGAACAAAGCAGAAUGCACUAGGUGGGUGUUGAACUUUGAACAGUAUUCAGCCUUUUCAUGAUUGCCUCUUUUAGAUGAUACAAAAAGGAAAAAAAAUGAGAAUAUCUUGAGCUUUAUUAUGUAUAUUGCUGUAUAUGCUUGAAUUGUCUCAGAACUAAAAUACAGUAUUUUGCAUUGUGUGCAUAAUUAUUUUCUUUUUCAUCAUUAUUUUCUCAUGUAUACAUUGCUCAUUUCACAAGAUCAAUGCAACUAUAUAGGCUUAGAUAGAAUGUUAAAUGCCACAUCUCUGUGUCUCAACAAUAUUUAUAAUAUUCUGUAAUAGUUAAGUCCUACAAGGUCUCUAGAAUUAUGCAAAAUAGUCCACACAUAUGCUGAGAUCCGGGUGAAAUCAUCACAGUUCAGGAACACACUCAUUGAAGUUGUCCCGUUUGUGUUUCUAUUGCCGAUGUUGUUCUGUCUGACAAAAACAACAACAAAGAACAAAGAUAAUUAAAUGGGUGCUGCUUUCCACAAAAGAGCUGCUGUCUCUUGCAAACUAACGUUCAGUAUUGAUACAUCUUUCGUAUUGUGUCUGAAUAUGAAUUUAGCAAAUAUUUCUGGGCUAAUUUGGAAAACAAUGUUAUGCAAUAAUCUGUUUGCAACUUUUUUUUAGAAAAUAUACAGUAUAAUUGCAGAGUAGGAGAACAUGAUAUUAAAUAAAUUGAAAACAUUUUAUAACAUGA